AGUGGAUGUGCAAGAAGAGAGAGAGAGAGAGAGAGAGAGAGGGAGAGAGAGAGAGAGAGAGAGAGAGAGAGAGAGAGAGAGAGAGAGAGAGAGAGAGAUGGAUGUGGAGGUGGAGGUGGCGGUAGGGAGGGCGGGGCGGAUGACGAGCUCAGUAGGACAGAGGAAAGCGGCUUUGCAGUCGUCAUUCCUGGUGCAAGCGAACGCACUGACUCGUAAGAACCUGCGUCUUCAAGCUCGGCAAUGGAAGACGAACGCCUGUCUUGUGUCUUUUCCCAUCAUCCUCUUUCUGAUCUUGAUUGCCUUACAAGCGGUGUUUGACAAGUUGCUCUUCGGUGGCUCCGCCUGGAAAUGCGGUUGCAGCAAAGAUAAUCCAGACAAAUGCGGGAUCGAAUUUUCCACCGCUCAGCAAGCCGCUUGGUGCCCAGUCAAGAACCCUCCUCUUAAUCCCGCCUUUUUGCAAAUGCCCAAUGUCACAGCCGGCAUGGCGAUGGAUCCCUUGGCUACGAUCGUUCCAGUGACAGGGAACAACCGGUCUAUGGUAGAAGCCAUCGGCAGGCAGCUCUUCGACAAUCCGGAGGGUGGAAAUCACCUCCUCCUUGCCUCCUAUUGGAGCGAGGAGAGCGCGGUGGAACAAGCCUUGCUCUCUAUUCUUCCCAUCUCUCCUAACGGAACGACCCCCACUGGUCACAUACCGUUAAUAUCUGGAACAGCCAAAUUUCCGACCCUCGGCGCACCCCUCGUUGACCCCGCUUUCACCGGAGAUGAUGCUGAAUGGGACCCUCUUUUCUUAAUUAGCAAUUCCUGUCUGGCCUUCUCCGCCGCCGCCGGCGGAUCCAGCGGGGCUGUAGCCUCGAUAUCGUCGCCAGCGAUGAGUAGCAGUGAUAGCUCCACUAGUAGUAGUACUGAUAAUAAGGGGUGGGUGCUUCGCCCGGCGAGUUUUGGCGGGAACGAUUUUGGCGGGAAGGUUUCGGCGGGAAGUUUCGUUCAUUCGGGUUCGAAGCUGCGCUUUCUGGUAGCCUGUUACGAGGCCAGGGCUACUUACUUCCCGCCCAAUUUCGAACUUGAUUUUCUUGGAAUGGUGUUUUCAGGGGGUCGUGAUGCGCUCAAGACGACCAAGGGGUUUAAUAGCACAGUCGAGGCUUUCUUAUAUAAUAGGUACUUCGCUGCUAGACCUAGUAAUCAGGAGUUGAAGAGGGGCGGGAAAGAGUAUGUUCCUGGCGUUGUCGCCGCAUUCGAUUUCAAGGAUUCCAAUCCGAGUCGUCUCGAUCUCAAUGUAUGGUAUAACAGAACAUACGCCAAGUCUAUUGGAAGACAGCCGGACCAUACUCUUCGAAUCGCUCGGUCUUUUAAUCUGGCCACGAAGGCCUUCUUCUCCUGGGUUAUGGGAGGAGGAGGUAACAACAACGGCAGCGACAAUGUAAGUGAGAGUCUGCUUCCGCUUUUGUAUGUCAAGGAGUUCCCUAAGGUAGGCACGAGCGUGCAGCUUGAUGUUAGCUCCUUCUUUGGUCCUUUCCUCUUCGUCUGGGUCUUGGGUCUUGUUCUUCCUGUCGUUUGCAACAGCCUCGUGUAUGAGAAGGAGGUCCGUCUGCGGUCCAUGAUGAAAAUGCACGGCCUUAGCGAUGGCGCGUACUGGGCCAUAACUUAUCUCUACUUCCUCGCGCUUUCCGUCGUUUACAUGUUGUUUUUCGUUGGGGUAGGCGCCGCCAUUCGGCUCAAAAUUUUCACCCUUAACGAUGCGUCCAUUAUACUCGUCUUCUUGUUCAUAUUUUUCAACAAUCUGAUUGCCUUUGGUUUCCUCUGGAGCGCCAUCUUCACCUCCACGAAGACGAUCACCGUCUCCGCUUACCUGUACGUCUUUGGCUCUGGAUUGCUGGCUGAGUUUCUCUUCAGGUUCUUUCUGCGGACCCCAUCGACGUCAAGGGGAUUGAUUUUUGCCUUCGAGCUUGUGCCGGCUUUCGCGCUCUUUCGAGGCCUCUACGAGUUUGCUAAUUACUCGUAUGAAGGUAAUUACCAAUCGACGACGGGGAUGAGAUGGAGCAAUCUGUCGGAUGGCAAGAACGGCUUGACUGACAUGAUGGCCAUCUUGGCGACGGAGUGGAUUAUCUUCCUCCUGCUCGCGCUGUACGUCGAUCAGAUCAUAGAUACCGGAGUCGGUGUGACUCGACAUCCGCUCUUCUUCCUUGAUUGGCGUUUGGGCGGGAAGAGAGGCAAGAAGCGGGGGGGAGGAGAGAGAAAGGAGGAGCUGGAGCUGCCCACUGCAAGCAGACCGGGGAAGAGAGGAGAUGGUCGGGGAGUACCGAGCAGCUGCGAGGCGAUUGGCGAGGAGGAUGUGGCGGCGGAGAAGCAGACAGCGAAAGCCGCUUUGCAGGCGGUCAUGGAAGGAGAAAGCGGAGGGCGAGAGGGGAGGCGGUCUCCCUCCUCGACAUUUUCGAUAGUGUGUGACGAGCUGCAGAAGGUGUAUAGGGGUCUCGACGGCAAUCCCGACAAAUUGGCGGUGAAG